AUGUUUAUCUAUCUCUCCCUCUCUAAUAAUCUAUCUAUCUAUCUAUCUAUCUAUCUAUCUAUCUAUCUAUCUAUCUAUCACAGUCUGUUCAUUUCUAUCUACCUCAGUCUAUUCAUAUUUAUCUACCUCAUUUCUUUUUCCCAUUCGUUUUUUUUUUGUUUUCUAUUUUCUUUAAAUUUUUCUUUCUUCUUGCUUACUUUCUUCCCUUUUCGUUUGUUUUCUUUCUUUCUUGCUUGUCUUCUGCCAUUUUCGUUUUUCUUUCUCUCUUUUUAUAGUUUUUCUUUUUGUUUUACCUUUUCGUAUGUUUUUUUUUCUUUUUACCGGCUCUAUUCUUUCUUUGACUUUUUCUUUUUACAUUUUCUUUCUUUCCUUUUUGACAUUUUUAUUCUUUCUUUCAUUUUCUCUAUCGUUCAUUCAUCCACUGACUCUUUCUCUUUCUUUCUUAUUCGCCACCAUUUAUUCAUUUAUUUCUUACUGUUUUCUUUCCAAUAUUACGAUGCACAGCAGCCCGAAAAAAAAGGGGUUCCAUUAUUUGAAACGAAGAAAGCUAUAGAUUCCACAUUAUUGAACAAGACAGACGUAGUUCGUGAUAACUCAGAACGUUAUAAAAAUAGGAAUGUAAACGUUUUUUUUCUUUUUCGUUUCUCCUUUUAUAUUAUAUUUUUGUCCAUUUAUACAGCCGAUCCUAACAAAUCGAUACGCAAUCAGAUGUGA